UUUUUCACGCUUUUGUCUAGUCCAGAGGUUUCAAAAUGACAUCCAAACAAGAGAUCAUGAGUGACCAGAGGUUUAGACGGGUUACAAAGGACCCAAGAUUUUGGGAAAUGCCAGAAAAGGAUAAAAAAGUCAAAAUUGACAAGAGAUUUCGAGCCAUGUUUCAUGACAAAAAGUUCAAGUUGAACUAUGCUGUGGAUAAAAGAGGGCGCCCCAUCAACCACAGUACUACAGAGGACUUGAAACGCUACUAUGACCUUUCAGAUUCUGAUUCAGAUCUCUCUGAUGAAGAUAGCAAAGCCCAGAACCAAGAAAAAAUGAAGAAGAAAAAAACUCAGGCUAAAACAGGAAUAGAUUCAAAGAGUCUGGUUGAGGAGAAAAAGAAAUACUUGAAGAAAAUUAAUGAAAAGAAUUCUGAAAGUAAAAAUGUAUUACAUAAUUCUGAAACAAUUCAGAAAGCAAAAAUAUCCUUUAAAUCUAAGAAGGAUAGCAAAGAAUUUGUACAGAAAGGUACAAAAGAGAAAAGAAGCAUUGUUCAACAUAGUACAGACUACCUUCCUAAAGGAAAACUGAAGAUAAUUGACUCGAACAUCACUGAAAUAUUGAAAUCACCCUGCCCCAAGACAGGGAAAGAAAUGCAAUCAGUGGUUGCACUCACAAUGGCAGGAAAUGAUUAUGAAAACUCAACAGAUGAAGAGUCUCUGAAGGAACAUUCAGAAAGUGCUAGUGAAAUAGAUGAUGAGGAAUCUGAAGAUGUUGGUAGAGCUUCAGAUGAUGGUGAUGAUGAAGUUGAGGAGGAUGAAAAUGAGGAUGGUGAAGAUGAUGAAAGUGACAGUGGCCCUGAUCUUGCUCGGGGUAAAGGCAAUAUAGAAACUAGUUCUGAAGAUGAAGAAGAUGAAGAUUUACUUCCAGAGCAAUCCAGUUUUGAGCAUGCUUGGAGAGAAUUAGAUAAAGAUGCCCCUCGGGCUGAUGAGAUCACACAUCGAUUAGCAGUUUGCAACAUGGACUGGGAUAGAUUAAAGGCAAAAGAUUUGUUGGCACUGUUCAAUUCAUUUAAACCUAAAGGAGGUGUUAUAUUUUCUGUAAAGAUUUAUCCAUCGGAGUUUGGAAAGGAGAGGAUGAAAGAAGAACAAGUUCAAGGACCAGUAGAAUUAUUAAGUAUUCCUGAAGAUGCCCCUGAAAAGGACUGGACAUCUAGGGAAAAAUUGAGAGAUUAUCAAUUCAAACGACUGAAGUACUAUUAUGCAGUAGUAGACUGUGAUUCUCCUGAAACAGCCAGUAAAAUUUAUGAGGAUUGUGAUGGCCUGGAAUUUGAAAGUAGUUGUUCCUUCAUAGAUCUAAGGUUUAUACCAGAUGAUACUACUUUUGAUGAUGAGCCCAAGGACGUAGCCUCAGAAGUGGAUUUAACAGCAUAUAAACCAAAAUAUUUCACAUCUGCUGCAAUGGGAACAUCAACGGUGGAGAUUACUUGGGAUGAAACAGAUCAUGAAAGAAUUACAAUGCUUAACAGGAAGUUUAAAAAGGAAGAGCUUUUGGACAUGGAUUUUCAAGCCUAUUUAGCUUCCUCUAGUGAAGAUGAAGAGAAGAUAGAGGAGGAGCUACAAGGUGAUGACAGAGUCACUGUAAAAGAAGAUGGGAAAGCAAAGAAAAACCAGAAGGAUGAUGAAGAACAAAUUGCCAAAUAUAGGCAACUUUUGCAUGUUAUUAAAGAAAAAGAAAAGAAAGGCAAAGAAAAUGAUAUGGAAAUGGAAAUUAAGUGGGUUCCAGGUCUUAAAGAAUGCGCAGAAGAGAUGGUCAAAAACAAAGCUCUUGCUAAAGAGACCAGUGAAGAUGAUGAACUGCCCUCCGAUGUGGAUAUGAGUGACCCAUACUUUGCUGAGGAAGUUAAAAAAAUUGGUAUAAAGAAAAAAUCAGUGGAAUCUGCAAAAGGUGGCACAUCUCCAGAGGAAGAAACUGAAAUAGAAAGACAAAAGGCUGAAAUGGCUUUGCUGAUGAUGGAUGAGGAAGAGGAGGACAGCAGGAAGCACUUCAAUUACAAGAUGAUAGUGGAGCACCAGAAUCUGAGCAAAAAGAAGAAAAAACAGCUCAUGAAAAAGAAGGAAUUAUUAGAGGAUGAUUUUGAGGUAAAUGUUAAGGAUAUACGGUUUCAGGCAAUGUAUACUUCCCACUUAUUUAAUUUGGAUCCCUCAGAUCCUAAUUUCAAGAAAACAAAAGCUAUGGAAAAGAUCCUUGAGGAGAAAGUCCGGCAAAGAGAACAAAAAGAACAAGAAUUUACUCAGACAAUAAAGAAAAAAGAGAGUGAGAUUCAAAAGGAAUCACAAAAGAAGUCUAUUGAUCCUUCCUUGUCAAUGCUGAUUAAAUCUAUAAAAACUAAAACAGAGCAAUUUCAAGCAAGAAAAAAGCAAAAAGUCAAAUAA